UGCUGUGCUGAAGGUUUACAGCCAUUUCAGCAUAUCAGCAAGCAGAACAGCGCAAUUAAAGGAAUUCUGUGAGUUUGUGGAGGUGGAGGAAUGCAACCUGCUGCGGCAUGUUGUCACCAGGUGGUUGUCCCUGCUGCCAUCCAUUGACAGAAUCCUGAAAUAUUGGAAGGCCCUGACCAGCUACUUCCAGAGUGAGUGUGAGGGGGACUGUGCCAGAACUGUGUGGAGAUGUUUUGGAGAGGAAAGCAAUGAGGUGUCAGAGACAUAUUUUCUGUUUCUCAGCCAUGUUCUUAAGGUCUUCUCCGACACGAUCGAAGCACUUGAGGCAAAAUCCUUCAGCAUUACAUCAGUGUUUAAGGUAAUGACUGAACUAAAACAAAAGCUAGAAAGAAGGAUGAAGGACAGGUUCUUUGGGUUUAUUGUUAACAGCAAACUGAAGCAGCUGCCCCCUUGCCAGUCAAAAAAAUGUGAAGCAGAUUUUUCUGCUUUUUUAUGAAAGAGCAAAGAAAUACAUCAGUGAAAGAUAUGACUUCUCUGACACAAGCUUUCAUAGCAAAGUGGCCAAGCUUGGCCUCAAAACUUCUGUGCCAUUUGAAGACUACAGUGCUACUGUCCAGGCCUGCAAUCUGGACAUUGAUAUGGAUGGACUGUAUGAGGAAUAUGCCAUGGUGGAAGGUUCCUUCAGCUCACCAGAAAUGGAAGUUUGCCACAGUGAGGAACGAUAUUUGAAACUGUUUUCCAAAGCAGAUGUACCACUUGUGAAUCUCAGGAAGGUCAGCGCCUAUAUUUUCUCCAUCCCAUGCAGCAAUGCACACACAGAACGUGUCUUUUCAAUGAUAACUGCAUGGAGAAACGAGAGGAAUCGCCUGGAUGUGGACAGUGUCAAGGCUGAGCUGCAAGUGUGUGUCAAUUUCACUUAUCCCUGCACAGAGGUGUACAAGAAGUUAAUUGAAAACAAAAAACUCUUGGAUGCAGCCAGGAAAGAACAGAAGCAUUGCAGAUAGACAAUCAACUACUUUGUCCCUGCAGGAUAUAAACAGGCCCAGGGGCAGUUGGGGCUUGGAAGCCAUGAUGUCAGAGGUGCUGUUGUCUCCUGAGCUGCUACAGAGGGUGAAUGUGGAGUUUGCCUAAAUACAGGUGGACUGCUGUACACACACACACAUAUACAGAUGAAGACACUGAAGACAAGUCCCCAAAAGACUGAAGCACUUUAGAAAUGCUAUACUUUUUGAGCAGUUGAAUGUAAAUGUUUUUGUUUUUUUUACAAUCUCCUUUGUUGUUUACAUAAAAGGUUAUUUAUGCUUUUCAAAAAAGCAUUUUUGUAUUUUUAUGUAUGUUACCUGUUAUUUGUUUUUUCCAUUUAAGUCCACACAUGUUUUGCUUUGUGGCACUCUGCACUUUAAAAGAUUCAUCUCAGUGGUCAGUUUUUGAACACCACAAUGUAUUGAAUAAAUACAAAUACUGUGAACAAACCCUUUUUGACUUUUCAUUCAUAUUUUUUCCUAUUCAGCUACACAAACAUCAUCUUUAAACCACACAAAAUUGUAUUGUAAAUGAGAGUAUACCAGAGUCCUAUGUACAUCAUAGUAAUUUAUUGAUAUGCCGCAUAAUGUCCUCCUUUUCGGUGUUAUGGAAAUGGUCACCCUAACCCGAAGUUCAGCACCGACUUUCCGAAAGGUGGAGAGCUGAGGGCGGAAAAGCUGGCGAGACUCAAACAGAACCGAACUGCUCAAAAAAACUUAUUCCACACUAAUACGAGUGAAAGAGCGACAGAGGCAUCCUACAAAAUCACACAUGAACUGAUGAAACAGAUGAAGCCAUAUACUGAUGGAGAAAUGGUGAAGGAUUGCAUACUGCUGGCUUGUUCAACGUUGUUUCCUGAGAAAAAAGACCUGGAACGAGAGGCAAAAAAAAUUCACUGUCGGAUUCUACUGUAGCUAGGAGGGCAUCAAACAUUUCAGAGAACAUUGCACAUACUCUUAAGGACAAACUGUCAUCCGCUGAGUUUGUCAGCCUUGCAAUGGACGAAAGCUUGGAUAUCAAUGACACGCCACAAUUACUCAUCUUUAUCCGAGCCAUCAACAGUAAGUUUGACAUUACAGAAGAACUGCUUGACAUGGUUUCACUGGAAAAUGGAACAACGGGCAUUGAAAUAAAAAACGCUGUGCUGGAAACAUUAGAAAAGUUGAACAUUGGACCAGAAAAAAUCACAGCAUUCACAACAGAUGGCGCACCGGCGAUGCUUGGUAAGAGGAACGGAGCCGUGGCUUUGUUGAAAGAAACGCUGAAAAACGGCGGGGUUGCUGCUGAGGGUAUUUUCUCAUACCAUUGUAUUGUGCAUCAACAAGCCUUGUUUGCUAAGUUCAAAUGUCUGAAUGAAGUGAUGGCAAAUGUAAUCGAAGUGGUUAAUUAUAUCAGGGCCCGUGCAAGAAACCACCUACAUUUUAAACUGCUGUGUGAGGAGUUUAACACUCACUAUGGAGAUUUGGUGUUACACACCGAGAUCAGAUGGCUGUCUAAAGGACGUAUGCUUGCACAUUUCAUGGACCUGCUUGAACCCCUGAAAUCCUUCAUUGUCGGCCAAGGGGAGACUUCCCGAUUUUCCUUUUUGGAUGAUGAAGAGUGGGUGCUGUCUGUUGCGUUCCUGUGUGACAUUACGCAGCACUUGAACGAACUUAAUCUCAAGAUGCAGGGAAGAAACAAGACCGUGUAUGAGCUCUACACGGCUGUCAGAGUAUUCUCUGACAAACUGGAUGUACUUGAACGAAGUGUCCGUGGUUCUGAUUACCGUUUCUUCCCCACCGUGCAGAAAGUGAUGGCGAUGCAUGCAGACGCUCUCCUGCCCUGUCAAUCACAAUUCUGUGACGUGCUAACUGAGCUCAAGCAAAACUACACAUCAAGAUUCCACGACUUCAAGGACCAUAGCAAUAUUUUUUUACUUGUGAAAAACCCAUUCCUGAUUGAGGUCAAUGAAAUGAAGCAAAUAAGCGACCAGCUCAGACUUGUGCAGCUUCAAAUGGAGUUUGUGGAGUUAAAGAGCUCAGAUGAACUUCAGCUUCAGUUUCGGAUUACAGAUGUCGUGGACUUUUGGAAACUGGUGGGGCAUCUACCAAAUAUCUCCAGACUGGCAAGACGCAUCAUCUCAAUGUUUCCGUCCACAUACCGGUGUGAAGCAGCAUUCUCUGCGCUCUCAAAAAUAAAAUGUCCCAACCGAAACAGAUUGAGUCUGCAGCACACAACAGAGGCCCUUCGGAUCGCCGUUUCCAGCACAGAGCCCAACUUCAAAUCACUUGUGCGGCAGAAGGAGUGUCAGAAAUCACAUUGAGUGUGAAGUAAGCACAACAUUACUCUUCUGACAACCCCUGCUGUCUAUAAUCUGCUGUUAUAUGGACUGUGAUGAUCAGUAAACAUGCUGUCUGUUAUCUGUUGUUAUGGGCAGUGAUGAUCAGCAAUGUGUGUUUUGUGGUUGCAGUGAAAAUAAUAAAUCACAGUUAUUGCACUGUACAUUAUGCUUUUCAUUCCUUAGUAACAUAUUACUAUGAUCCAUAUUCUCAAAUGCAUAAUGCUUUCAGGGAGGAAAGGAGCGUUUUUGGAUUGUGGCUCUUGCAAAAAUAUUUUUUCGUCAAUGUGGCUCCUGAUUAGGACAAGGUUGAGUACCACUGGUCUUGAACCUUGAAUAAGGGGUCCUAUUUAGAAAAUAUUGUCCACAUACCCAUAAUUCCUGGUGGCUGGCCUUAAACACGUCAG